AUGGUAUCCUGGCCGAUUGAAGUCUCGCCCGAUAGUCCCUUUCCUCUAAACAAUAUCCCCUUUGGAAUAUUCACAACACCACAAGAGGUUCAGAGACGCGCCGGGGUAGCUAUUGGCGACUUCAUCGUUGACCUUUCUAGCCUUGAGCGAACCCUCUUGGAUGACAAGUGCUUUGACAGGUUGAGGCAUGUCAACGGAGCUCCUGUGUUCCAGGAUGGAGAUCUAGGCAAGUUUGCGAGUCGACCUGUCGUAACUAGGAGUGCCUUUCGUCACACCUUAAUUGAAUGGCUGAGCGACGAGAUUUCGCCCUUGUCUGAUAACGCCUCGAGGACUGCAAGUAUCUUUAUACCCAUGGCGGAUGCUACCAUGCAUCUGCCAUUCAAAAUUCCAGCGUUUACAGACUUUAUGUGCUCGGAUGUCCACGUUGAGAACUGCAGUAGACUAGCUGGAGCCUCAACACCUCCCAGUCAUUACGCAAUGCCUUUGGGUUACAACGGCAGAGCCUCCUCUGUCAUCACCGACGGUGAGCCUAUCUAUCGACCGCAGGGAAUUAUCAAGAAUCCACAAGAUUUGUCAAUUUCGUUCCAACCCAGCAGGCGGAUGGACUACGAGGCUGAGUUGGGUGUCUUUUUAUCUCAGCCACUUCCACACAAUGCCUACAUUGGUGCCGAUGAAGCCGACGAUUACAUAUUUGGAUUCGUCGUACUGAACGACUGGUCAGCGAGAGAUAUCCAGUUUACGGAAAUGAAUCCUCUUGGACCGAUCAAUGGCAAAUCCUUUGCCACCAGCAUCUCACCAUGGGUCGUCACCCUGGACGCCCUUGAGGGGGCACGAUGUGUUUCCUCAGUCAAAGACCUUUGUGAUGGAGGCUUCACUGGCGCGAGGCAUCUACGCCAUAAGGACGAAAGAUCUACGUGGGAGCUGGAACUGGAGGUAUCCGUCUUUAGACCCAAGUCCAAGAGCUCAGCACCCAUCAUGACUUCACGUUCAAACCUCCGUCAUCUUCGCUGGUCGCCCGGUCAAAUGCUUGCACAUCUUGCGUCUUCUGGUUGUGGCCUGCAAACGGGUGAGCUUUUUGGAACCGGCACAAUAUCGUCUCCUAAUGAUAAGCCGUCUUCCCGAACCUUGGGGUGCUUGCUUGAGUUGACUGAAGGCGGAAAGAAACCUGCCAAUCAGGGAGCAGACGAUGCCGAUGCCCUCGUAUUCCUCGAAGAUGGCGAUGAGGUAGUCAUAAGUGCAUGGGCAAAAGUGUGUUCUUUGGGUUUGGGCAGUGUAGGCGGCCAGCUUCUUGCGCCCCGUGAAGAUAGAUGA